AUGCCACAUGCCUUUUUCCACCCCAUUGACGAGAGACGAGAGACGAGAGACGAGAGACGAGAAGCAUCCCAACCCCAUUCGCGAGAACCAGGAAAGCCAUUCCGCGGGGCCAUGCUUUCCAAAUCUCUAGACGCCGCCCGAGCCGCCGUGAGGGACCUCUUCCGCAGCGGCGGCCACCGACACGAGCGCUGGACAGAUUCCGCCGCCGACGAAUGGGGGAUGAGCAAGCCGACGAGGCCGCCGCCGGAUCCAUAUGCCACAGCACGCCAGCGCGCCAGGUCGCCUUCCCUGCAGAGCAGCCUGACGGGCAAGCACACCGCACAAUCCACUCUCUGCACGGGAGGCCGCGUCUCGAGCACGCUGACCCGUUCCGACAGAACAUGUCACCGCGGCGGCACACGACAACCCCCCCGUGGUGCAGGAGGGGCCGCGGCGGCCGGUCCCGGACGCGGAGCGCGGGCCGUCCAACGCGCGGGGCCGGGCUGGCGGACGGAGGGGGCGGAGGCCGUUGCGCGGCACGAUGACCCUGACUCUGACCCUGACCCGGACCCGGACCCGGACGCGCCCGACGAGACGGCCCCGCAGCAGGAAGGCACGGCCGACUCCACGCUGUUUGCGUACGCGGCCAUGAGCGGCGCCGGGGCAGGCGCCGCCUCUGGGCCGUGGGCGCGGCGGCUCCGGGACAAGCAGGACCCUCUGCCCUCGGGGCCCAGGCCCAGGCCCAGGCCCGACCGCCGGAGGCGCUGGCUGACCAGGCGGGCGGGCGGCGGAGCAGAAACGUACGACAUCUCCGACGACGAAGGCGACCCGGGCCGCGUGUCCCCUCGCACGUUCCGCCUCUGGGCCACGGGCUGCUCGGCCCCGGGGCCGCGACGAGACCGCCUCGCGUCACCCAGCAGCAGCAGCGCAGCCGACGACGACGACGACGAGCCCGACCCAGCAGACGAUGCGUCCGCCAGCUCCGCCGCCAGCUCCCUAGCACGCGCCAGACGCGCCCACCUGCACAGCUGGCACACCAGACUCGCGCACGCACGCCCCUCGGCCCGGGACCCCCUCCGCCCCCCGGGGGCCGUAGUCUCCCUCACAAGCGCAUCCGUCACGAGCGCCCUGUCCCAUCCGUCCCGCCCGAGCUCCAUCCCCCCCCACGUCCAGCAGGUGCUCCGCCAUCGCCACCAGCUCCUGCUGGGCUGCGAGCACGCCGAGGCGCAGCUGCUGUGUGCGAAGCGCGCGUCCGGGGCGCGCGUCAAGGCCCUGGAAGCCCUGGUCGCGGGGGCAGCGGCAUCAUCAUCUGGUCCGCGGGAGCCGGCGGCGGCGGCGGCGCAGCGGGAAAGGGACGACAUAUACCGCCACGUCGAGGGGCACCUGGCCUCCGUGGAGGCCAGGUGCAGGGCCUGUCAGGGGCGAGUGGCCAUGCUGGUGGGCGAGGUGGAGAGGUUGGCGUGGCGGGAGGAGGCGCUGAGGAGCAGGUUGGGAGGCAUGGGCCUGGGGUAG